AUAUGGUACCAUUACCAUACUCCCAUUCCCUUCGAAACCUUGUCUUAGCUUCCAUUAUAUAGGAAAUUAGGCUUCUCCCAGGAGUUGUAAUCUCAACGAGCACACGAAAAAUGAAACCGCCGCAAACAUCUUCAGCUCAUGUUCUGAUCUUCCCAUGUCCAGCACAGGGCCACGUCAACUCCAUGCUAAACCUUGCUCAGCUCCUUGCACUCCGCAACCUCCAAGUCACUUUCCUAAACACCGAACACAUCCACAACCGCCUCACGCGCUUUGCCGACAUAGAAUCCCUCCCGGCUCGUUACCAUACACUCCGGUUUAAGACCAUCCCUGAUGGUCUACCGGAGGAACACCCUCGCUCAGGGGAGCGAUCCGUGGAGCCGCUUCAUUCGGUGAAGGUGCAUGGUAAGCCUCUUUUGAGAGACAUUUUGGUGAAAGAAAAGGUGACUUGUUUGGUGGCUGAUGGCUAUUUCGGAAAGUUGGGGAAUGAUUUGGCUGAAGAAAUUGGAGUACCAAUUAUUCAUUUUCGGACCAUAGGAGCUUCAUGCUUCUGGACUUAUUUCUGCACUAAUACCAUGUGGUAUGUUAUGUCCAAAAUCCUCGAAGGGGAAGAGGACAUGGACCGCAUCAUAAGCAUCAUACCAGGAAUGGAAAACUUGCUUCGAUGUCGAGACCUCCCAAGUUUCUGUCGUCCAAACCGGGCCAAGGGUGAACCGUUCAUUCCUCUCGAAAGCAUCGUCUCUGAGACCCACCAAACGCUCCGUGCACGCGCGGUCAUAUUCAACACCUUUGAUGAUCUUGAAGCCCCUGUGUUGUCCCACCUACGCCGCCGUUUCCCUACCAUCUUCACAGUCGGCCCUCUCCAUCAACACCGUGAAUCCAGAGCACCAACCGCCGCCAAUACAAUGACGUCAAACAACAGCAUCUGGGAAGAGGACAUGAGUUGCAUGGCGUGGCUCGAUUCUCAGCCAUUCAGAUCAGUCAUAUACGUCAGCUUUGGUAGCGUCACUACCGUCACGCGGGAGAGUCUCUUGGAGUUUUGGUACGGUUUGAUUAACAGUAAGAUGCGAUUUUUAUGGGUGGUGCGAUCAGACAUGAUAGCCGCCGGAGAAGGCAAAGAUGAGAGUGUACCGGCAGAGCUGGUGGAGGGAACCAAAGAAAGAGGGUUGAUGGUUGGGUGGGUUCCACAAGUGGAAGUUCUUUCACACAAAAGCGUUGGUGCAUUCAUGACGCAUUGUGGGUGGAACUCGACCAUAGAGAGUGUGGUGGCUAGUGUGCCUAUGAUUUGCUGGCCAUACUUUGCGGAUCAACAGGUGAAUAGCAGGUUGGCGAGUGACUCUUGGAAGGUUGGGUUGGACAUGAAAGAUGUUUGUGAUAGGAACGUUGUGGAGAACAUGGUGAAAGAUGUAAUGGUGAAUAGGAAGGAGGAGUUUCUUCAAUCGGCAGAGAAAUUGGCAGUUUUGGCUCGAGAAAGUGUGAGUGAAGGAGGUUCUUCUUAUGACAACUUGGACCGUUUGAUUGACUUCAUAGAAUUGAUCCGCGAAGAACAUCUUCAAACUGAGACUAGUUGCAAUUUCUAGGACGUGAGUGUCCCAAGCAAAUAAUUUUUGCUUAUUAAUCCUUUAUGGUGAUUCACUGCUAGUUCCCA